GGGGACAUCGCGCACAGGCGGCGGCUUCGAGGCACGAAAGGAGCGGGCCGGGGCCGAGCCAUGCCCGGGGCCGCUGGAAGGCCGGACCCGCCUGCGCCUCUUACAAACGAGUGAAGCGGGGGCGCGGCGGGAGCACCGGCUUCUGCCGGCCCGGCUCCGGCCCGGUCUCACAGCCGCGGCCCGCCCGCAGGCCCGGGGUGUGCCCGCCCUCGCUGCCGGAGCUCCGGCCCGGGCUGAGCCGCGGCGCGCAGGGCCCGGCGCCUCCUGCCAGGGUUUUUCUCCGAAAUCCCUGAUUUCCGCGGCCUGUGGGUGCUCGGGCCCCCGCGCUCCGCGGCGGAGCUGAAACCCUCCGGAAAGAGAAGCGCCUGUGCCGCCUGAGGCUUCCAACAGGAAAAUUUUCUUGACAGUGUGUUUGGGUAGCUCUUGAGGAUGGCAAGCAAAGGACCCACGACUUCUGCAUCAACAAAGAACUCCAGUACUGGAGGAACCAGUGGCAGCAGUAGCAGUAAUGGUGCUGGUGAUAACACUAAUCAAGACAACACUUUUGAAUGUAACAUCUGUUUAGACACUGCCAAGGAUGCAGUUAUCAGCUUGUGUGGACAUCUCUUCUGCUGGCCUUGUUUACACCAGUGGCUAGAGACCAGGCCAAACAGACAAGUGUGUCCUGUGUGCAAAGCAGGAAUCAGUCGAGAUAAAGUUAUUCCUCUGUAUGGAAGAGGUAGCACUGGGCAACAGGACCCCAGAGAAAAAACUCCACCACGACCCCAAGGACAGAGACCUGAACCAGAGAACAGAGGGGGAUUCCAGGGCUUUGGGUUUGGAGAUGGUGGCUUCCAAAUGUCAUUUGGAAUUGGGGCAUUUCCCUUUGGUAUAUUUGCAACAGCAUUCAACAUAAAUGAUGGGCGACCUCCUCCAGCUGUUCCAGGGACUCCUCAGUAUGUGGAUGAGCAGUUCCUAUCACGCCUCUUCCUGUUUGUGGCUCUGGUGAUAAUGUUCUGGCUGUUGAUUGCAUAAAUCUUUUCCAUUGUUCUGUAUAUUCAUGGCCAGCAAGGCCCCUGAAACAGUUAAAACCUGCAUCCCCAUCCCAUUUUAAACCUCUUGGUGUCUGGUUCCGUAGCUAACUAUGGGCUUCAGGAAUUGGUGGUACCACUGCACGAUGAGGAAUUUUGCACCAGAGAUGGAAAUUAAUUCCUGGUUAAAAAGCACGUUCCAGCUCAGCGAUCUGGUACAGCAGGUUCCUGCCACAAGCCAUGGGCCUUGCUUUGAGCUCUGCUCCUAAAAGGAGUGCUGCUUUGAAACCCUGUGCCAAGCAGUGACACCAGGUUUAUGUGAAACACAGCUGCAGGUAAGGAAACUCCUGCAGUGUGAUCAGUAUCUCGUGCUUGGCAACCACAGUGGAUCUGCCAGAGCUCUGGAUGUUAUUUAUUCCAACCUUCUUCAGGAAAUCAUCUGCAGCACUGCUGAGAUUCUUCAGGCAAAUAUGAUGCAAAUGGAAUCAGGUCUGGAGACUGUUUUCUUUCUGUUAUUUCCCAACGUGAAUGGAAAACCCCUCCUGAAGUGGUUCUAGUGGCUGUUAGAAGAAGGGAUACAAAGUUAUGCUGCAGUUUUUUAAAGCCCAAAUUCGCUGGAGCCAGACACUGGAAGAUUCUCUGGUUGUGGAGCCUGGUGGGGUCACUGAACAGUACAAUGCACCUCUCUGCCUCACCCAGCCCAGUUCCUCACUGACAAAAACAGUGUUGUCUUCCUCAGUUCUGCUCAGCAGCCUGUAGCUGCACUCGUGGAACAUCCCCUCACAACCUUGUCACUGUAGCUACAUUUAUUCUCCCCAAGGCUUUGAGACUUUCUACAUAAGGUCAUGUAUUCCAAAUAAAAUCCUAUUACAGAUCUGAGAUCAGCUUGUUUGGGGAGAGGAACAAAAGGCAUCUUUACGUGAGUUUUGAGUUCAAAGUUGGCAUACUGUAAAAUUAAUUAUACAGGAGGAAAACUGAGAUCCUGUCUUUGCUAACAGAUGCCAGAGUAGGGAGCACUGGGCAGCUUCAGUACAGGUGCAGACAGUGACCCGUGCCACAGCAGAAUGGCUGCAGCACCAGAGCCUCAGCACUGGCUACCAAAGAGAUUAAUUUGAAGUGCUGGGGGAGAACACAACCAUUGAUGUGCUGAGAGGAAAAUCACUCAGCAGGUGAGCACUCUGUACCUGUUUGGUUAUCCUGUUGCAUAUACAGCUUCAAAAAAGUACACUGAUGUAUUUGUGUAGAUCCCUCCAGAACAAGAGCUGUGAGAGAUUCCUAGCAAGAUGAACAGUGUUUGUAUUUCUCUGACUGGGCAAUUCCAUUGUUUUGUUUUUUUUUUUUUGUUUUCUCUUAGGUUAUUUUCAUUCAAAUCACCAAUAGUCAAUGAUUUUCUUCAAGAUGAAUAUUGUGACUUCCCUGGCAAUAGACAAACAACUGACAAAACAAAUCAAUUCACAGAAAUCUUGUUUAAGUAGCUGGGGGUUUUUUAGUGUAUGGAUGAGGUUCCUGGGCAAGGACACUUAUGUGAUUGUUGUAGAAGCUUGUUUAUGUAAUUAUAAAUCGUUCACUUUUAGCAUCAAGACAGAGGAUUGAAGUUUAACUUGCCUACCUCCAAAAUUCCAUCCGGCAAGUAGAAUGGUGGAAAGCUUCUGCAGUGUUUUGCCUCAUCUAGUCGUCCAAUUUAUACCUGACUUGAUGAUAAUCUGGCAGAACAUGUGAUCAGCUACAAAUAGUUGAAGUGGUGCUUCAAGUUCUGUUGUGUGGCACUUUAGAGAAGCGAACUUUUUGUGCAUAUUGUUCUACUCAAGUGCUUAACUUGGUGACUGGGCCCCUUUCUAGGAAAAAGGUUAUUUACUGCCUUCUCACAAGCAGCUCGCUUAGUGCAAUGUCGCAGCCUGGGAUUCCUUUCAUGAGCAGGCAGCACCACCUGCUGAUGAAAAGGGAAACUUCUUGUGACAGCAAAAGGAGUGAUUUUAUUCUCCUUUUCCUAUUGAGAAGCUCGAUGCUAGGAGCAGAGGUUAUCCCUUUAAAGCCUUUUUCCGACAGAGGACAGAAAGGGGUCUGUAAUAGGUUCAAGAGGUAUUGAAACUGAUUUAACUAACACUUAUGUUUUAAAAUACGGAAUUUUAAUAGCUUGGUGUUUUUCUCCCAUCUGUUGGUGAGACAUAAGGGACGUAGUAGGAGGUGGCUGCAGAAAAUUAACGGAGAGCCCUUAUUUUCUGGCAAUUCAAGAAGGAAAUAGUCUAAAAGUGUUAACGCUUUUGUUCCUUCCUUUUUCUUGGUGUGUAUUUUGUAUCGUAACCACUGCCCUCCCCCUUGUAUUCAGACUGCACACAGCCCAGAACGGCUUGUUUAGUGCAUUACCAUUACUGUUCACUAAUUUUCACUGUUGUGAAAGUGAUUUAGAAUUAAAAGAAUGGUUUUACAUU